AUGCCGAGUGCACCAUAUUGGGGCGACCUGUCAGGCCCCAAGUCCGCCAGACGCCAACGACGCCAGUCUGAGGAUUUUAGCCUGCCAGAUCGCAAACCUUCUCCCGCCGAUCUCCUCCUGGCCCCCUCGGCAGCCGACGAAGCCUCGGGCAGUCGUCCUCUUCCAGUCCCUCCCCCAAAGUCAAAUCGCACCUCUCUCCAGACGACAAACACUGAGGCCGUCACCGACUCGACUCUCAGCCCCUUUGCCUCGCCUACUGCUUCACACUUCGCCGACCAGGGCCUCGCCCCGCGCCCGCCGACCUUCCCCUACGGCGAGUCGCAGUACCCAGAGGACCAGCAAGCCGAGAGACGCCAACGACGACGUCGGGAGCGCAAAGAGCAAGAGGACUACCCGGUUGUCGACCACGAGUCUCUGCCCGUGGGUGCCACGCCUCCAGCUGCGCCCGAUGUGCCCAAGGGUCCUCCCGUGAGCUUCAGACAUCCAUACGGCAAUGGUGGAUUGCCAUACACGCACCCCGCCCAAGGUCCACCUCGUCCUCCGCGAUAUCCCAGCCCGCUGGUGAGCCAGGACGGUGACGACGUUGACAUGAAUCCCGAGGGGUACUACAGGGACCCCGCGCCCGAGAGGCAGGCCCCGCCGCCGCAACAGGCGCAACGACAGGACGAGUACCCGCCGCUCGACCGGUCCCAGCGGACACUCGAUACGAACGAUGAGACGGGACAGCGCCGCGAAUCGCAUGGCUCGACGAGGAGGAGGUCAGAAGGCCGCAGAAAGGCUUCGGGAGGAGGAUCCAGACAGUUCGCCAACGACCGCUCUCCGCUUCAAAGACUCGAGCUGACGCUCGACAGUAUCACAAAAGAGGAGAAGCGGGCUCGUGUGGAGGCUGCGGAGCGCCGGGCGAGAGAGAAGGCUGCUGCUGCGGCGGCGCAGAAUCCGGAUCUCCUACAGCCUCCAGAGGCAUCACACCGCGCACCCCGCUCGCAGCCGCCGCCGCAACAACCACCGCUGAUCAAGCAAGAGCCUCAACGGCCACUCCCAGAACCACCACAACAGCAGCCGCAGCCUCCUGCGCCUGUUCCUCAGGUGCGGUUCAGUGACGUCUCGUACGACGACGAUGAUGACUGGAGGGGCCCGGCGCCCGAGCAACAGGCCAAUGUCGCUGCUCCUCGUGGAGCUCCCACGCAGUAUUAUCACGAUGAUAGGCGGCAUGCGCCAGCGCGAGUCUCUCUUGAUGAUGCGCGACGGCAGCCGCGUUUUGUGGAUGAAGAGUACGGUUCUGGUCAGUAUCAGCAGAGAGCCCCCGCCAUGGCUGCAACCAGACACGCCCCUCCGUCUGCCGGGGCCAUUCCCCAGAGAAGCGUUAGUUUGCGUGAGGAACCCAGACAGGCGCCAGCUUCAAGCUCGGGUAUCCCUAAACGUAACUUGAGCUUCCGUGAACGGGCAGCAAAGAAUGACAUGAACUUGCCGACGGCGGCGGUUGAAAGGCAACAGAGCCCAGAGUCUAGUCCCGAGCCGACGCCCCCGGUGACCAGUUCUCGAAGACCUAGCUGGUCACUCACCAGACGCGGUAGCAACAAGCUUAAGAAGCAGCCAAAGGGUGAGAAGGCGCCGAAGAAUGAUCCGUGGUUCAACAUUCGGAAGGACGCUGAGGCCAAGUACGACGACAUUGAGUUCCGCAACGCAGCUUUGGAUGAAUCUGCGGCUGCGAAGGGUGGCCCUCCCGUCAAGAGGUCGGCGUCGCAUGCGGCGCAUGAACAGGCAUUGCCCCCGGACGCCACGCAUGAAGAAGUCAGACGGGCGGGCAUCCCCAGUAAGGCUGCGAGGUUAAUUGGAAUCGACAUGGGAGGAGUCCAACGACGUGCGACGGCCCCUACGACCCGUCGAGACUACGAGCACGACCAUGAGGAUGAUCCUCGUUAUGCGCCUGUUGCUUCGGGCGCCCGAGGGGAUGAACCACGCCACGGCUCUUACAAGGAGGCGACGGAUCGCGGGAGACAGUAUGACCGAGAGUACUACUCCGACGAUGAGGAGUACGAUGAGCGCGGUCAUCGCAUCUCGAACAGGCUGUACCAUGGCCGAGACAGCUUUCGCCCGGGCGAGGGCAUCUACAAGCCUCCCAAGUACCUUGACGAGUGGAAGAAAGCAACAGUUGGCACUCUGUCUGGUUCUUUGCUUGAGCUCAACGACGACCAGCCCCCUGCAGCUGAUAAGAACUCGCCGUGGUGGGAGGGCAGUGGCAAGCGGAGAGGAAGUGCCUCUCGCCCGCGCAAGGCGGAAGCCUUCGACGGUGAAUACGAUGAGACUAAUGCUCCCACGAGAUUCAAGCCGCCACUGUACCUCAAGUGCGGUCCGCUGUUGAGAUACUGCGGACUCAAGCAUGAGAAGGUACCUCCUCGCGGCAGGAACACUGCCGCCACCGAGAGGACGACAUGGCGUGGCUCGGUGAUGAUCGUGACGCAAGACAGCGACUCUUCCUACGAGAUUGCACCGACGUUGAGACUGUUCGUGCAGCCUCUCGAUCUGCUCCCACCUCCACCGCAUACCAUCUCUGGGGAGCAGGAUCUGCCCCCUGAGUAUGUAGACCCCAUUGCUGGCAUGCCCAAGCUGGGCAGAAGAGGAGAAACUCUCUACAUACGACCAGUCGACCACCUUGAGGAGGCCAAGGACUUGUCGAGAGAUGAGUCGGAUAACGGACUCUUUGAGAAGACCAAGAGCCCUCCUGACGUGCCACCGGCAGAUGGCUCGAUGGAUUACCCAGGAUCAUUCUCGAGCCGCCGCAAGCGCGUCAAGAUUGACGGCGAAAAGGUCUCCAAGUACAAGGACGUUCGCGGAUUCCGCUUGCACGCGGAGCGUGGCUACACCUUCUGGCGCUUCAACAUCGAGAUUGAACUCCGCGAGAAGCAGCAGCGGAUCGCGUACCGUAUCAACCGCGGCCCGUCUAUGGGCUUCUGGGUUCCUGCUGCGGGAGAGUCCAUGAACAUCAUGUUCUACAGCUGCAACGGCUUCAGCAUGAGCGUCAACCCCGACGACUUCAGCGGACCCGACCCGAUGUGGCGCGACGUCCUCAACACGCAUCAGUCGCAGCCGUUCCAUGUUAUGCUUGGCGGUGGUGAUCAGAUCUACAACGACUGCUUGAUGGACGAGAGCAAGCAGUUCCGGGAGUGGUUGAUGAUCAAGAACCCUUUGCACAAGCACAAUGCGCCUUUCACCUCGACGAUGCAGGACGAACUAGAGAAGGCGUAUCUUGAGAGAUAUUGCAUGUGGUUUUCGCAGGGUCUCUUUGGCGUGGCCAACUCACAGAUCCCAAUGGUCAAUAUGUGGGACGACCACGACAUUUCCGACGGCUUCGGCUCGUACGCCCACCACGACAUGAACUCGCCGGUAUUCUCUGGACUCGGCAACGUGGCGUACAAGUACUACAUGCUGUUCCAGCAUCAGAGCGUCCCUCAAGAGACGGAAGCAUCUGAACCCAGCUGGAUUCUUGGUACUCGGCCAGGCCCAUACAUCAACGAAUUGAGCCGCAGCUUGUUCGUAGAGCUCGGCUCCAAGGUGUCGCUGUUGGCCGUCGAUGCCAGAACGGAGCGAACGGAGGGUGAUGUUGUGAGCGAGGAGACUUGGCAGCACAUGAUGGACCGAUGCUACGAAGAACUCAGAAGCGGUAGAACUCAGCAUCUGCUUGUCUUGCUCGGCGUCCCGAUUGCCUAUCCCAGACUGGUUUGGCUGGAGAACAUUCUCACAUCGAGAGCUAUGGAUCCCGUCAAGGCGCUUGGCAAGCUGGGAAUGCUUGGCAACACGCUGAACCACAUUGAUGGUGGUGUCGAGGUUCUUGACGAUCUCGAUGACCACUGGACCGCCAAGAACCACAAGAAGGAGAGGGAGAUUGUCAUUCAGGACAUGCAGGAUCUGUCGGCAGACAAGUCCGUGAGAGUCACGUUCCUCAGUGGCGAUGUUCACCUUGCGGCUGUUGGCCAGUUCUACGCCAAUCCCAAGCUGAAUCUGCCCAAGCAUAAGGACUUCCGUUAUAUGCCGAACGUCAUCUCAUCAGCCAUCGUCAACACCCCGCCUCCCGAUCUGAUGGCAGACAUCUUGAACAAGCGCAACAAGAUCCACCACUUUGAUGAUUCCACCGAUGAGAACAUGAUCCCGCUGUUCGGACACGGUGUUGAUGGUAAACCCAGAAACAACAAGCAUCUCCUGCCGCAUCGGAACUGGUGUGCCAUUCGGGAGUGGAGUCCCGGCACCACGCCGCCGCCCACGCCGCCUCUGUCGGCCUACGAUAGAAGCCCUAGCCCGCCUCCUAGUCGCGGCGGUGGUCUCUUGCGGCGUUUCUCUUCCAACAAGGGACCGGCAUACCGUCCUGACAUUCAGAAAGACUCUCCUCGGGAUUCAUCUCGCCCGCCAAUCUCGAACAGCGGCAAGGCUGGCGGUGGCUUGUUCCGAAGGCUCUCCCGUCGUAACUCGACCGACGGGGGCCGACCUGCCGAACCUGACAAGCCAAAGCGGUCGAUGUCGUUGACGCGCAAUUUCUUCAGCCGUAAGGGCAGCAAGAAGUCGAAGCCCGAUGACGGUGGCAUCAAUGGAUCGUGGGGAGAAGAUGAAGACGACAAUGUGAGCUCAGUUGAAGACGGUCAUUACGGAUAUGACCACUACGACGGAACGCCCGCCGUGCAGCCCCGUGUCAGAGGCAUGGGUCUACGCGGAGGAGGCCACGACGAGUAUCAAUCUGGGGAUGAUUCAUACUUCACGGCUCAGCCCGCCGUGCGAAUGAGAGGUGCGCCCAUUAGAGCCGGUGCGCACCACGACGAGUACCAGCCCGGCGACGAGUCACAAUUCACCGCCCGCCCGCCGACUCGCGCGCGUACUAUGAGUACCGAGCGCUCAGCCGCGAUGCCGCCGCCCAGGCCUUUCCACCGCACUCCCACCGGACUGUCGAUCAAGCAGCAGAAGCAGGCCGACAAGUUCGCAGUCGACCUCGAGGGCGGCCUGGACAUUUGCCUCAACGUCGAGGUUAACCCGAAGGAUCCCACCGGCAUAACGACGCAAUACCGACUUCUCGUCCCACGACUCUUCUGGGACGACGCGAAGGAGGGCGCGAUACUACAGCAGCCCGCGCCGGCGGGCUUCAAGCGUUUCUUCAGCCUUAGCAAGAAGAGAGACACGAGUCGCCCGCCGGAGGAGUUGGAGGGCGAGGAGGAGCAGUUCGACAGACCCGUCACGGGCAGACCUCAAACCGCGGCGGCGCCGCUUCCACCUGCCGGACGGGACGGGUAUGAUGUGCCCAGGGCCGCCGCGAGGUACGAGUCGCCUGGAGGAUACGAUUCUUCCCGUACAUACGACUCGUCUGCGCGUUACGAUUCACCCGCGAGAUACCAGCAGCAUGCCGGGCGGCAGGAGAGGAGGUGA